CUGCCGCUCCCGGAAGCUCCCUCAGACGGGGAGACGUGUCGCUGCGGUGCCGGCGGGGCUGCCAUGGCGGAACCCGGACAGCUGGAGCGGCUGCAGCGGCGUGUGCGGGAGCUGGAGGAGGAGCUGGCCCGGGAGAAGGGCGGGCGGCAGGCGCCGCGGGCCCGCAUCGAGACCAUGAGCCCGGAGGUGACGGACUCCAACCCCUACAGUCGCUUGAUGGCGUUAAAAAGAAUGGGAAUUGUCAGAGACUAUGAGAAAAUCCGUACCUUUACAGUUGCAAUAGUAGGUGUAGGCGGAGUUGGCAGCGUGACUGCUGAGAUGCUGACAAGGUGUGGCAUUGGUAAGCUGCUUCUGUUUGAUUACGACAAAGUGGAAUUGGCAAACAUGAACAGGCUCUUCUUCCAACCUCAUCAAGCUGGAUUAAGUAAAGUGCAAGCAGCAGAGCAUACUUUGAGGAAUAUUAAUCCUGAUGUGCAGUUUGAAGUACAUAACUACAACAUCACGACACUGGACAACUUUGAACAUUUCAUGGAUAGAAUAAGUAACGGUGCACUAGAGGAAGGGAAGCCUGUCGAUCUCAUUCUAAGCUGCGUGGACAACUUUGAAGCUCGCAUGGCUAUUAACACGGCCUGCAAUGAACUUGGACAAAUCUGGAUGGAAUCUGGAGUGAGUGAAAACGCAGUGUCAGGACAUAUACAGCUGAUCAUACCUGGUGAAUCUGCUUGUUUUGCGUGUGCUCCUCCACUUGUAGUCGCUGCAAAUAUUGAUGAGAAAACAUUAAAACGAGAAGGAGUUUGUGCAGCCAGUCUUCCUACAACUAUGGCUGUUGUGGCAGGAAUUCUCGUACAAAACGUUCUGAAAUACCUGUUAAAUUUUGGUACUGUGAGUUACUAUCUUGGUUACAAUGCGAUGCAAGAUUUCUUUCCAACUGUGUCUAUGAAGCCAAACCCACAAUGUAGUGACCCAAAUUGCAGAAAACAGCAAGAAAAUUAUAAGAAAAAAGAAGCUGCACAACCAAAACAAGAAGUAAUUGAACAGGAAGAAGAAAUAGUACAUGAAGACAACGACUGGGGCAUCGAAUUAGUAUCAGAAACUUCAGAAGAUGAGCUGAAGGCUGCGUCUGGCCCAGCACCUGAGCUUCCUGAGGGAAUUACUGUAGCAUAUACUAUCCCAAAUAAGGAAGAGAAUUUGAUAACUGAGGAGACAGUAGCAGAGUCUGAAGAAAGCCUAGAAGAACUCAUGGCCAAAAUGAGAAACAUGUAGCAAAACAAAUACUAAGUACCACUUUCAGGAGUUUGGGUUGACACUGGACUUUGAAAAGACCAGACUUUUUUUUUCCACCUCCACUGGAGCUUAUCUGUACAUUUCUGAUGAAAUGGAACUGUUACAGGGGCGGGAAAGAAACAGACUUACUUUGUUUAUAUUCUGUUGUCUAUUCAUAUCUUUACGAUAGGGUGUUGUGCUACUGUAAAUUUUAAUGUCUCAGCAUUGCUAGUGUCCAGAUAUUCAGUAGAAAAUAAAAGGAGAUGGAUAAACUAACAAAAGCAGGUGUAGUACAUUAUAUGUAACAUCAUGUAAUGAGAACAAUACAUGGUAUAGGACAAAUAAAGGUUAAAUCUGCUGGAGUGGAUUGAACAGGUCAAGGGCAGAUGAUGGUGCAUCGCUCAUUGCUGCUCCUCGUUCUCCAGGCACCGCUACGAGUUGUUCUCUGGUCUCCAUCACUUCUUGGUAUGGAUUGUGCUGUGGCUGCUUUUUCUGAGUAAACAUAAUAUUUUAGCCUUUUCAUCUGCCUUAAAUAUCUCUGGGAUGGAUUUUUUUUUAAACUUCCCUGGUUUUAUCAAAGUUUUACUACUGCUUGUUCUUAAAUAGCUGCCUAUAUGUUUUGAUUGGUAAUGCUUUGAGUAUGCCGCAACAAGGCGAAGUCUUCUGUUAGUAGAUAACUAUACUAACAGUAUGGGUGUUAGCAUGUCACUAUUUCAGCUGGCAGAUGCUUUACAUGAAAAAUCUGUUAGAAUUACCAGCAACAUUGGAAAGAACAGGAGAUUUUGUCUAUUUUAAAAAAUAAGUAUUAUUUUUGUUGUUUAUUUAGCUAUAGUUCUGAUCCAUCCCCAUUGUAUGGGCCCUAUUAAGGAACAUACUUAAUCUGAGUUUGCACAGAAAAGCUUCUAAAAUUAGAUGCUCUAAACUUCGUUUAGUGUUGCAAGUUUCUUCAGUCGAGUAGCUGUGCUAUUGUAUAUCUUGUAAAUAACGUUAGUGCAGUCAUAUUACCUUGUAAAUUAUCAUGUGUCCUUACACUGACCUGUAAGUGCACACAGCCUGCAGUGCCGGUACCCUCCAGAGCAGGAAGUAGCCAUUUCAAGUAUUUUAACUACUGUUGGUGUCUGAUCCAGAACUUGAUCAUUAUUUAAUUUGCCUUAGAAGAAUGUACUUGCAGUACAAUACAAAUAUUUCCAACUUGGGCUGUUCAAAAAAAAAAACCCAUCCACAGCAUGAUGCAGCCAACAGAGAACCAGAUAGUAGUGGUGGAAGCAGCAUCCCACCAACAUGUAAAAAGAGAGUAAUAUUGUGCCACUGCUUCUGUGGCAGCUGAAUGAAUACUUAAUUUAAAAUGUUUAAUUUCUAAGCAUCCGUUACAAACUUCAAAAUCUCUUUCCUCCACAGCUGACACUGGAUUAUAUUAUAUACAUAAAAAUAAUCUCUGAAGCUAGUGAGGGAGGUUUUUGGGUGGUAUUUGGGUGUGGUGUCUCAUACUGUAAAAUGGAAGUGGGUUUUUUUUGGACCAAGUUCAGUUUUGGAGAAACCAGAUUUUAGAAACAAACUGUAAAGAGGGAUGGGAAAUAGAACAGUGAGAUCAUUAAAAAGGUACAUACUUUAAUCUGUGUCACUAUGUCUGCGGUAGCUUGAUCCAAGUGUCAGUUUAAGUGUUACUCACGUUUCUUUGCGACUUUACCUUUCUGUUGGGAACAAUAAAAGUGAGGCACAUGCCCGGCUCUGGAGGUCCUGCAGCAAACAGUUUGAUUCGUUUCUGCAACAGCUCAGUUAAUCUUGACCCUGAACCAUUUGGCCGGUAUGACUGCUAGCACAGGUUUGACAGCUUUACAAGGCGCUACUGUUUACCAUUUUACUUCAUGUACAGUUUUAUGAGUCAACAAAUAUGCUUUUGUAAGCCCACUUACGGAGUAUGCAAAAUGGUUCUCAAGUUACUUGCAGCUUGUAUAUAUGAGAAGAAUUUGAAAGAAUUAGAAAAUACAUUCAGAUGAUUGAGCCAAUGGUUAAAAUUAUUUAGAAAUAAACAGCAUCAAAAAAAAAAAAAGGAGCUUAAAGGAUUUUUAAUUAAAAAGACAUAAGUAUAAUCUACUCCGACUGUAAAACAUAAUGGAAAAUGUACGCCUUCUUUUGUUAUGAACUAACAAAUUAAAGCAUAUUGCAAUGGUUUA